UUCCUGCUUAUAGUCAGUGGCUGCUGGUGAGUCCGAAGGGAUCAGGCUGCUCUCCGUACGUGGUUCCCCAGUUUGACCGACGAUUAACAUGUUUCGUUACGCCUGCGUCACUUUGCUCUUGCUUUUGGCUGCCGGAGUCCGGCAGUCCAGCGGCACGGAGGUGAAAGUGGAAGAGGACAAAAAGCUGUGUCUGUACGCAAACCUGAUGCUGAACUUCUCCGUAACCUAUGAGGUCGCAGGGAAAAAGAAUGCCACAGUCACGUUCACACUGCCUGAAACCGGUACGACGAACGGCAGCAGGUGUGGAAACGACAGCUCCCUACUGAAGAUUGACUUUGGCAAGGGCCACUCUUGGGCUCUCAACUUCACGCGGGACAACCAGACCUACAAGGUGGAUUACAUCUGGUUCACCUACGACCUCAAAGACGACACCAUCUUCAAGAACUCCUCGUCGAACGACACGAAAACGGUGACGGUCGGAGGGAGAAUGCGGGCCGUCGAUCUGAACAACAUCUAUACUUGCAAGAGUCAUGAGACCCUGGACAGUGGGCUGGUACAGCAGGUCUUCUGGAACGUGUCUCUGCAGGCUUUCAUAAGCAACGGGACGCUCAGUAAAAAUGCUACCAUUUGCCAUGAUGAUCAACCCACACCAACACCGCCCUCUACAACCACCAUCACACCAAAACCCACGACCACUCCCAAGCCCACUCCGCUGCCCCAACCCACCACCGGCACCUACAAGCUCAAGCCCAACGACACCAGCAACAGCACGGCGUGUCUCUUGGUGACGGUGGGGCUGCAGCUACACUAUACUGAUGGCAAGGAAUUCGUUAGUGAGAACAUUGACCCCAACAUAACCACCUCGGGUGGGAACUGCGGGAUUAAUGGGAGUGAUGCUGUUCUGGUGCUGAAGUGCGACCACGUGACCAUCUCUUUCACUUUCGUGGAGAACAAGCAGAAAUUCUUCCUGCACGCCGUGAACGUCUCUGUGGUGAAUGGCAAUCACACUUUCCAUUCAGGAAAUGCUAACAUGUCGCUGUGGGAGGCUGCUGUGGGCAGUUCCUACAUGUGCAAUAAGCAGCAGACGGUCAACGUCUCCGAUUCCUUGGCCUUCGUCACCUACGACCUGCGGGCUCAGCCCUUCGAGGUGAAGAAUAACUCAUUCGCCACAGCUUUUCAAUGUCCUAUGGAUGACACCAGCAUCUUAAUCCCAAUCAUUGUCGGUGCUGUCCUGGCGGGCUUGAUUGUCAUUGUACUGAUUGCUUAUGUGAUUGGUAGAAGAAAGACCUACGUCGGCUAUCAGAGCCUCUGAGCCACUCAGUGAUCGUGUCGUUCAACGGAUCAAUCCUGGCACCUUUUUUUUUUUUUUUCUUUUUUUAAACUUUUAAAGUUCCCCUCCUCCUCUGUGUGUGUGUCUGUUCAGGAGCAAGCGCAGGCUCUUUUCACCUUUGCCCAGUAGAUGGCGCCUCGUGUUCUGCGGUCUUUCAGCAGUCUUGGAUAAAAGCUACUUGUGCAGUUUUCUCACUCUCCUUGUUUGUACAGCUGGUGGUUUUUGUUUUGGCUAAUAACGUAAAGUCAAAAUAGCAGCGCCUCUAGGGUACCUGAAUCUUACCUUUUACAAGACUGGUACCUGAACCACUGCCCCACCUACUGGAACUUGAGGGAGGUAAAUCCGACACUGGUCUUCUGCUUCACCCAGGGUUCAGUUUACCACAGGGGUAUACAUUUGAGUGAACAAUAAUGUAAUAGCGUAUGCUACCCCCCCCCCGGCGGGGGUGCAUCGAGGCCUGUGCUUGCUUACCCAGCCCACCAUUCCUUUUACCAUCCCAUGACUUUGUGUGCCUUUGUGUGCUCGGUCAGUUGUACCACUCUUGUAACUCGACAUUUGUCUUUUGAGGUCAUCUCCCACGUUGGCAUUGGCUCGUACCUUAUGGCACUUGCUGGCACCUUUUUUUUUUUUGUUGAGAGGGUGGGGUCUUCGAGGAGGGAGGAAGGAUUGAGUGAGUGUUGGUUGAUGCCUUUGCACUUCUAAGCGUCUGACUCGGGGGGGUGGGGGGCUGAUUGAACACGUUGGUCGUGGGUUUUCUGAAUUCGGUCAGGAACGUCCUUCACAUUCCAGGCGUUGUCAGGCCUGACUGCUCAGUCUGGAGGCAGACGCACUUGGUCUGGCCUCUCAUUUCAGCACGGAUUCUGUUAUUUCAGAAAUGUUGUAUUGGAUGUAACAGCAGUAGUUUGUAGCGCUCUGAAAGCCUAAAUCAGGAGUGUAUCCCAAGGCCCCUGGGAUGCUGCAUGGAUGGCAGACUGUCAUCCAACAAAGUAGUUGAGCCAUCGGAUUUUAUUCAUGGAAUCAAAAUGCCCCCCGCCCCCCAUUCUUUCUGUAGGUUUGGUGCAUUAGACUAAUAAAGGGAUGAUAUUAGCAUUUAGCACAUCUACCUGUAUUUACAUGUUUUGUUUUUUUUGUGUGUCCCUCCACUCCCAAAUUAUGUACAUUUGACAAUUAGUGCACUAAUGCAGUUUCUCCCAUUAGCUGCUCCUCGUGCGUUCGGACACUGGGCAGGUUUCGGAUGUGUCUUCUGUUCAGCUUUGGCCUGCGGAGGCGCCUUUCUGCUCACAGUGAGCGAGGCAGCCCUGGGGAUGGGGUGGAGUGAGUUUCUUUGGAGGCAGCCAUAUUUGUACAUAUUUCUGCUUGAUGUUGAUGGUGGGAGUGCCUUUACUGCUAUUGGUCUAAUUGGAACUUCAAGCCAGUUUUAGCUCCCUGAUGUGAAGAUUCAUUGUUAACAUCCCUACAGUGUAGAAAUUUGCAGCUCUGCCUGUAUAUCUAACAGGUCGUUCAUGUAACAACCCAGAAGGAACCUAAGCCUAGCAUGACAGGUUCUGGUAGAUAUGGCCUUCCAGGCAUUGGGGAAUGUCAUGUCUUGUAGGCAAUAGAUCUGGGCACAGGGUUGAAGUUUAACCCUUGACGUAUAAUUUUGUUUGUUUGUUUUCUCCCCUCUGCAUCCUGAAAAUGGUUAUUAUGUCAGUUAUAGGCUGGUUUAUUUACACUUUGCACUUCAUGUUUGGGCACUGAAUUGGAAAAGGGAAUCUCACAUGUCCGUAAGAAAUACUGCGUGCUUGUUUUAAUAAGAUGGCUUCUUGGUCCGAAAUUCUGUCAAUAUUUGGAAUAUUUUUUUAAAUCUGUGAAUAUACAGAAAUGAUUGUGGAAUUCCAUCUUAGUACGUUUUUAUAAAAGAUUGAAGAUUCUUGGCUUGUUGUAUAAAUAUGAACACCCUAUAAUUUUGUUCCCCCCCCCCUCCAAAUGACAAUAAAAUCUGCUUACUGAUC